AUGGCUGUUGAAUCAUCUGUUCUCGGUUUCCCACGUAUUGGUGCUUUGCGUGAAUUGAAAAAGGCCACCGAAGGCUACUGGAAUGGUAAGAUCUCUUACGAUGACUUGGUUAAGGUCGGUAAAGAAAUCAGAGCCCAUAACUGGAAGCUGCAAAAAGACGCUGGUGUCGACAUUGUCCCAUCUAACGACUUUUCCUUCUACGAUCAUGUCCUCGAUACCUCUAUCUUGUUCAAUGUAAUCCCGGAAAGAUACGCCAAAUACAACUUGGCCCCAUUGGAUCUCUUGUUCGCCAUGGGUAGAGGUUUGCAAAAGGACAACGUUGAUGUCCCAGCUUGUGAAAUGGUUAAGUGGUUUGACUCUAACUACCAUUAUGUUAGACCAACUUUCUCCAACUCCACCGAAUUCAAGUUAACCGGUUCUAAGCCAGUUGAUGAAUUCUUGGAAGCCAAGGCUCUUGGUGUUCAAACUAGACCAGUUAUUGUUGGUCCAGUCUCUUUGUUGUUCUUGGGUAAGUCUGACAAGGACUCCAUUGACUUGGAACCAAUCACCUUGUUGCAAAAAUUGUUGCCAGUUUACGUUGAAUUGUUGUCCAAAUUGUUCGCUGCCGGCGCUACCGAAGUUCAAAUUGAUGAGCCAGUCUUGGUUUUAGACUUGCCUGAAAAAGUUCAAGCUGCUUUCAAGACCGCUUAUGAAUUCUUUGCUAAGCACCAAGCAUCCAUCCCACAAUUGACUUUGGCCACCUACUUCGGUACCGUUGUUCCAAACUUGAAGGCUAUUGCUGGUUUGCCAGUCAAGGGUUUCCACUUUGACUUUGUCCGUUCCCCAGAACAAUUAGACGAUGUCGUCUCCAUCUUGGGUGACAAGCAAACUUUGUCUGUCGGUAUUGUUGACGGUAGAAACGUCUGGAAGGCUGACUUGUCUUCUGCCAUUGCCUUUGUUGAAAAGGCUAUUAAGAAGGUUGGCGCUGAAAGAGUUAUUGUUGCCACUUCUUCCUCUUUGUUACAUACUCCAGUUGACUUGGCCAACGAAAAGAAGUUGGACGCCGAAAUUAAAGAUUUCUUCUCUUUCGCUACCCAAAAGUUGCAAGAAGUUGUCGUUGUUGCCAAGGCUAUUUCCGGUAAGGACGUUUCUGCUGAAUUGGCUACUAAUGCUGCUUCUAUUAAGGCCAGAAUUGCUUCUAAAUACACUACCGAUGCUAAGGUUCAAGAGCGUGUCAAGUCUAUUGAUGCCGAAGGUUCUAAGUUGGACUCCAGAAUCUCUGGAUUCCCAAACAGAUUGGAAGCUCAAAAGUCUUUGAAUUUGCCAUUGUUCCCAACUACCACCAUUGGUUCUUUCCCACAAACCUCUGAAAUCAGAAAGAAGAGAAACGCUUUCACCAAGGGUACCAUCAGUGCUCAAGAAUACGAAUCUUUCAUUGAAUCUGAAAUCGAUAUGGUUAUCAAGUUCCAAGAAGAAGUUGGUUUGGAUGUAUUGGUUCACGGUGAACCUGAACGUAACGAUAUGGUUCAAUACUUUGGUGAACAAUUGACUGGUUUCGCUUUUACCUCCAACGGUUGGGUCCAAUCUUACGGUACCAGAUAUGUCAGACCACCUAUCAUCAUAGGUGAUGUUUCCAGACCAAAGGCUAUGACCGUCAAGGAAUCUGUCUAUGCUCAAUCCCGCACCCAAAAGCCAGUUAAGGGUAUGUUGACUGGUCCAGUUACCUGUCUCAGAUGGUCCUUCCCAAGAGUUGAUGUUUCUCAAAGAGAACAAGCUUUGCAACUUUCUUUGGCUCUCAGAGAUGAAGUUUCUGACUUGCAGAAGGCUGGUAUUAGGGUUAUCCAAGUUGAUGAACCUGCCAUCAGAGAAGGUUUGCCAUUGCGCGCUGGCCAAGAAAGAGCCAACUACUACAAAUGGGCUGCUCAAUCUUUCCGUGUUGCUACUUCUGGUGUUGAAGACAGCACUCAAAUCCACUCCCACUUCUGUUACUCUGAUUUCGAUUCUUCUUUCAUCAAGGCUCUUGAUGCUGAUGUUGUUUCUAUUGAAUUUUCUAAGAAGGAAUCCACCGAAUACAUCAAAGAAUUCUCCACUUAUCCAAACCACAUUGGUUUAGGUUUGUUCGACAUUCACUCCCCAAGAGUCCCACCAGUCGAAGAAUUCGAAAGAAGAAUUGCCGACAUUUUGAAGGUUUACCCAGCCGAAAACUUUUGGGUUAACCCAGAUUGUGGUAUGAAAACCAGAGGUUGGGAAGAAACCACCAAACAAUUGACUAAUAUGGUUACCGCCGCUAAGAAAUUCCGUGCUGAGUACACCAAAUAA